GCUUAUCGAUGAGGAAAUACCAUCGGUCUUGCAAAAUCAUCACAUGUUACUUAUAUCACAGAAGCGAGUAAAUUUCUUCUCUUUUCCUCGCGAAACUCUAGCGUCAAAGGAUGUCCAAUUCGACGAUUCGGUACUCGCUCGCGGAUGUUGCGAAGUGCGAUGGUCAAAACGGGGCCAGAACUUGGAUUGUGAUCUACGAUAACAUUUACGAUGUGACGGAUUACAUAACUCAGCAUCCUGGUGGUCCAGAAUUAAUUGAAGAAUAUGCGGGAAAGGACGCAACAAAUGGAUUCGAUGAUUUUGGUCAUUCCUCAGACGCGAAAAAGAUACUUAAAGAAUAUUUAAUUGGUGAACUUGAAGAGGAAGAUAAAAGAGCCAACAGAAAGAAAAAACCUGCUAUUCCUAAUGGAAUAAAAAUCGAACGUACGGGUAAACAGAAAAGAACCUUCUUAGCAAUACUAUGCGGCAAAUGUACAUCUUGAAGAACGCAUUGUCUAGAAAGAGAAAUUUAAAACAUAUUAUUUUAUUUAUUAAGACACCGUCAUUACAUUUGCAGUACCUAUAUAUGAUAUCGCACGUGACAAUACGCGCGUAAUUCCGAUAAGAAUCAUUAAUUAAAGUAUUAAAGUAUUACAUACCUCCUUAUCGCAUACGUGACAUUGGAGACUCUUAGAAUAAAGAAGGAAAACCAAUAAUUGUACCGACAACACUAAUGAGUCAUGCAUCAAUUGCUUAUCGCGUUCACAGACCUAUGACAAGCAAGCUUUACAGAAUUGUUAAUUCGUGAAGUUUUAAUUUAAGAACUAUAUAUAUAUAUAUAUAUAUAUAUAUAUAUAUAUAUAUAUACUAUUUAAGAACUAUAUAUAUAUACAAUUAUGAUAAUGUAUAAACACUCACACCCGCACGUACGCAAGCACGCACGCACGCCCGCAUGCACGCCCGCACGCACGACCGCACGCACCCCCGCACGCACGCACAUACAGUUCAAAAUAUUAAUGCAUUUAAAAAGUAAAUAGAAUUAACGUUGUGAAUUAUGGUAGAUUGCACAAUGUACUUGAAUGAAAUGAUAUAUGAAAUGUGAAAUAGGUAAUGUAUGCUAAUAUUAGAUAUCGCUUGUCAUAUAAGACAUUUCGAAAUUACGUUGCACAGAAGAAUACGUUUUACGUUUUACGCACAAUGAAUUAUGCCAAGGCCUCUCUUAUGUGCUAUUGUAAAAUAUUUUCCUCUAUUGGAUCGUAUUACGCAACCCAAGAGACUCUUUAAAUAAAAGAGAUUUUGUAAUAAAAUUAAAUGCGUGCAAACAUAUUUAACAAUUUAUAAAAAAAUAUUUAUAUAUAAAUAUUUAUAUAAAAAGUUUAAGAAGAAAAAAUAUAUGU